GCAUUAUUAAAAAUAAAUCUGGGGGUAUUCCGUUCCAAAGUACCUGGCUUCUGACAAGCGAGGGGCGUGUGGGAGAGAGUGGGUCUAUGAAAGCAAUAGGAUGAUGGGCCCAAACAACGCACCACCUUCAAGGGAACUUGGGCAAAUGGUUGCCAACUUAAUCUAGGCGAAGCUGACUAAGCAUGGGAGCUUAUUGUGUUAGGAAAUCUUUCCUGCACUCUAGUAACCAGGCAUCUUUGUUCUCUAUGUUCCCUCCAGCUCCAGAUAUGCUCCUUUUGGUUGCCUUCUUGUUUUCUACGGAAAGAGAGAGCUGUUCAAUUUACCUUUGGAGAUUGGCGGCGGCGGCGGGGGGGGGGGGCUCCCCUCCCUUGGAUCUAGGCAGAAAUCGAGGCAUAGGUUCUCCUUCUCUGGGGUCAGAUAGCAAGUCCAAGCCAACACAAUUAGGGGAGAGGGAGAGAGAGAAAUGGAAAGGAUGGAAAGGAGGCGAGGCAGGUAAAAUAAGGAGAGGGAGGCAGCAACGGAGCGGUUAAAUCCUCCGCCGCCGCCCCCCCCCCUUCCCUCUGGAAGGAAAAGAUGCAAAAUGGUCCAUUGUCACCCAAGUGGCUUCAACACUUGGCUAGGAGCUUUGGAAAAGGAGGAAGGAGGGGGGAAAUAUCUGGGAAGAAAUAAGAGCCUGUUGGAUGUUGUGGGGUGGACUGAAGCCUUUUCAGCUGCAGGGGGGUGGGGAAUAGGAAGAGGAGCGGGGAGGACGAGGAAAGCAUGAAGGAAGAGAGGGGAAGGUCUCUCCUCCAAGUUCCCCCGGCGCUGCCCUUUCCUUUACCUCUGCUGGGACAGGUUUAGGUUUGAUGGAGAACUGCAGGCGAGGGCGGGAGAGAGAGAGCGAGAGAACGCGCGAGCGAGCGAGCUCAACUGAGCCUACUACUUUGGAAGCAAGCGGAGAGAGUUCUUGGCUAUGUGGAGAGGGGCGGGUAUCUCCUCUCCCCUUAAUGGCUGCAGCUCUCAAGGAUUUGCUGGAAUAUGCACACUUGGUGGCCCAGGGGACAUUCCCCUAUUAUGAUCCUUUUUUCCAUCCCAGGCAGAAAGGGGGGGCCCUUUCUGAGGGGGGCGGACGUAGGAGACCACCACCCAGCCACCACCGGGAUUGUUCCUCUGCUCCUGGCUGCUGCUUCCUUCUCCAUCAUCUCGGGUUCCCCCGCUCCUGAUCCCCCAAAUAACUCUUCCUCCUCCUCCUCCUCCUCCUCCUGGCGGGGAAUGGGGGGUGGGGGUAGAAAGCAAGCCCAGUACAGUCAGGGCUUCCCAGACGUGCCCCCCCCCACCUGGUGCCAAGUGCGUCCUCCUACAUUUGUUCCCCUUUUCUUCAAGCUCAAAUUCAUGACGUGGUGGUGGGGGAAGCCUGAUUCAGGGGCAACAAUGCGCUCUCUCUCUCUCUCACACACACACACACACACACACAAAAGGGAAGGAGUGGAAGAAGGAGCGAAAGGAUGAGAAGCCCCAGCCUGAACCUCCUGCCAUAGACCUUCCCUCCCUCGUUUCUCAAAGAUGAGCUGGUGGUACCCAGAGAAGGCAGCGGCGGCGGCGGCAGCGGCAGAUCUAGGAGGCUGCAGCAGCCCCCUCUGCCUCCCUCCUCCAUUGACUGUGCCAAGCAGCAUCUCUGCAUCCUAAGGAACCUCAUUGCAUUCCUAGCACGUCUCAUCUUUGCUUGCUCCCCCCCCUUUCCUUUUGCUUCAGCCCUCAGCAGGAGUAUAGAACCAGAACAGAGAGAAAGAGAGAAACCAGCAAUCCUUAUUUUAUUUUAUUUUUAAAAGCCGUUGAAAAUUCCGUACGUAGAUAUCUAUUUUUCCAAGUGGGUUUGGCUAUUUUUUCCCUACCCUCUCUCCUUUCCCGGCUCUCUCCAAAUGUGCUAAAAAAAUUUAUCUCCUUCGGACCGUUUUGUAAUCUGUCGCAACCAUGAAGUCUCCGACAGCCGACCCUCCCCGUAGGAGAAGGAUGUUGUGGAUUAUUCUUCUAAGCACAAUUGCUGUAGCGUGGACUACCCCCAUCCCCUUGAUAGAAGACUCGGAGGAGAUUGAGGAGUCUUGCUUCGAUCCUUGUUACUGUGAAGUCAAAGAAAGCCUUUUUCACAUACACUGCGACAACAAGGGAUUUAUAAAUAUUAGCCAGAUAACGGAGUCCUGGUCGAGACCUUUCAAACUUUACCUGCAGAGGAACUCCAUGAGGAGAUUAUAUACUAACAGUUUUCUCCACCUGAACAACGCCGUUUCGAUCAACCUGGGGAACAACGCACUACAAGACAUUCAGACAGGAGCCUUUAAUGGCCUCAGAAUCCUGAAGAGGUUAUACCUGCAUGAGAACAAAUUGGACAUCUUCAGAAACGACACUUUCCUGGGCUUGGAGAGUCUGGAAUAUCUGCAGGCAGAUUACAAUGUCAUUAAGCGGAUCGAGAGCGGGGCAUUUCGAAACCUGAGCAAGCUCCGGGUCCUGAUCUUGAACGACAACCUUAUCCCCAUCCUCCCCACCAAUUUGUUUAAGUCGGUGUCCUUAACUCACUUGGACUUGCGUGGAAACAGGUUGAAAGUGCUCUCCUACCGAGGGAUGCUGGAUCACAUUGGCAGGAGCCUGAUGGAGAUCCAGCUGGAGGAGAACCCGUGGAACUGUACCUGUGAUAUUGUCCAGCUGAAGAGCUGGCUGGAGCGCAUCCCUUACACUGCCCUUGUGGGAGACAUAACCUGUGAGACCCCUUUCCACUUCCACGGGAAGGACCUGAGGGAAAUUAAGAGGAAUAAACUCUGCCCAAUGCUGUCUGACUCGGAGCUGGUCAGCAUCGGUGCCCCUCAGCUGCCCUCGAGCAAGGAGAACGCGUGGCCUACUAAGCCUUCUUCCAUGCUGUCCUCUUUCCAUUUCACUGCUUCCUCUGUCGAAUACAAAACUUCCAUUAAGCAGCCCAGGCCCACCAAACAGCCCAGGGCACACAAGCCACCCCCGACACCUCGAGGCCUAUAUCCUGCGCCCAACCAGCCCCCAAUAGCUGGUUACCAGACGAGGCCACCCAUUCCCAUCAUCUGCCCUACUGGCUGCUCAUGCAGUUUGCACAUCAAUGACUUGGGCCUGACAGUCAACUGCAAGGAAAGAGGGUUCCACAAUAUUUCCGAGCUCCUGCCCAGGCCCGUCAAUGCCAAGAAGCUGGUCCUGAGCGGUAAUUUGAUACAGAAAAUUUACCGUUCCGAUUUCUGGAAUUUUUCUUCCCUGGAUCUCCUGCAUUUGGGGAACAACCGGAUCUCCUACGUUCAGGACGGGGCCUUUGUCAACCUGCCCAACCUGAAGAGCCUGUACCUGAACGGCAAUGACAUUGAGAAGCUGACCCCAGGCAUGUUCAGGGGUCUGCAGAGCCUGCACUAUCUGUAUUUUGAGUACAACCAGAUCAGGGAGAUCCAGCCCGCUGCCUUCAGUCUCAUGCCCAACCUGAAGCUUCUCUUCCUCAACGACAACCUCCUGAGGAACCUGCCUACAGAUGCCUUUGCAGGCACCUCUCUGACCAGGCUCAACCUGAGGAACAACAAAUUCCUGUACUUGCCCGUGGCUGGCGUUCUGGAGCACCUCAACGCCAUUGUGCAGAUUGACCUGAAGCUCAACCCCUGGGAUUGCACGUGUGACCUGGUGCCUCUCAAGCAGUGGAUCGAGGCCAUCAGCUCCGUCAUCAUGGUGGGGGAUGUCCUUUGCGCCAGCCCAGACAACCUCACCCACAGAGACAUCCGCUCUGUGGAGCUGGAGGUCCUCUGCCCAGAGAUGUUGCAUGCUGCUGCUGCCUCGCCAGCCCCUCCAGCGUGGGGCCACCCUAGCCCCACCAGCCCGUCGCCCUAUGAGCUCCCCCCGGCUGGGGGAGGCCCGGUGCCCCUCUCCGUGCUCAUCCUCAGCCUCCUUGUACUGUUCUUCUCGGCGGUCUUCAUUGCUGCGGGCCUUUUCGCUUUCGUCCUGCGCAGGCGUCACAAGAAGCUACCCUUCCGGAACAAGCAGCGGCAGGAGACCCUCGACUUGACGGGAAUCCAGAUGCAGUGCCACCACCUCUUCGAGGAGGGAGGCGGCGGAGGCGGCGGGGGGCUCAGCGCCUCCCCAGAAAAGGCACCCCCAGUGGGGCACGUCUACGACUACAUCCCGCAUCCAGUGACCCAGAUGUGCAACAACCCCAUCUACAAGCCCCGCGAGGAGGACGAAGUGGUGGCGGGGGAGCCGGGGCAACCUGGGGACAUGCUUUUGGGAGGUGGUGGUGGUGCUGGUAGUGGUGGUGGUGGUGGAGGAGGAGUUGGCUGUGCAGGGGAACAGUUUGCCGACCCCACAAAGGACGGUGGGAGCAGCAGCUGCUACAGGACCUUGCUGGAGAAGGAGAAGGAGUGGAGCUUGGCCGUGUCCAGCUCGCAGCUCAACACCAUAGUGACCACCAACCAUCACCCGCACCCGCCCAGCGGGGGGAUUGGAGGGGGGCUGCCUCUCCUGGGGGAGCUAGCGCUGGUGCCGCCUGUCUUCCACCACGAAAAGAACGGUGGGGUGGUGCUCUUCCCCCCUAGUGGUGCCAUUCUAGACAGCAGGGACAGGCCGCCUUUGGCGCCACCGUGCACGGUGGGCUUUGUGGACUGCCUCUACGGCACGGUGCCCAAAUUAAAGGAACUGCACGUGCACCCCCCUGGCAUGCAAUAUCCAGACCUGCAGCAGGACGCCAGGCUGAAAGAGACCCUCCUCUUCUCGGCUGAUAAUGCACCAGAAGUUGAGAGACAGCAACUUGUCCAAGGAUACCCCAUGACCUUUUGGCUGAAGACGGAUUUGAAUCUGACGCAAGCUUUCUAUGCACUGGACCAGACUGCCUCCAGAAAAAGCUGCCCAAAGCAGUUUACAGAUCAAUCAAGGCAAGGCAGAAGAUAAGGAAUGAAUCAAGGAGAUAAUUCUGGGACCUACCAUUUCAUCAUGAAGAUGGGAAUCUUCAUUUCAGAGGUGGAUGCACUAUCCUGCAGCGAAAUACCUGCUCCCAUCAGUGGAGCAACAAUACCAAGAAGAAUUCUGGCUCUACAACGAUUCCCGAUGGUGAAUCAACCCAACAGGGAAGCAACCCAACAGAACAGUUGCAGAAGUUCCAGGGCAAUGAAUGGCAGCUGCAGAAACUCAUGGUUUGCUCAGGUUAUGCUCCCUGUGGACUGUGCCUAUUAUUAUAUUAUUUUAUUUAAGCUUCAAAAGCACAGGGGAUUUGUCUUAUGAAGAUCUUGAUUUUUGUUUCCAGGUUGCAGCUACUACCAGGACCAUUAUCAACAUGGCACAUUUAAUUUCCAGAUUAUUAUUUUUUAAAAAAGAUUGCUGUUGCAUUCUCCUGAGUAACGGCUGGAUUUUGUAUUUCAUAUAUGGGGCCUAAACCACUGUAUUUUCAUGGGAAGCUGCCCUCUCCUGAGUCAGACCAUUGGCCCAACUAACUCAAUAUGUUCUACUCUGUUGGGCAGUAGCUCUUCAGGACUUCCCCAGAGCUCCUGGGGAUUGAACCUGGGACCUUCUGCAUGAAAAGCAGAUGCUCUACCAUGGAGCGAUGGCUCUCAGAAGCAGUUUUGUCUUCCUAGCAGCUCUGGGUGCAACCCAAAACCUGCAGAGCACCUAAAGAACCCCAUUUCCAUGUCUGCUACCUCCUCCCUCAUUCCAUCUUAAAGGUGUGACCAGAUGCACAUUUCACUAUUUCACUUUUUUUUUGUGCCCCCCUCUCCAUUGCCAGCCUUGCCCCAUUUAUCAUGUAGCCUGAUGAAGAGUUCUGCAGAACUCAAAAGUUUGCACACAUUUUUGGUUGGC